ACACUAGUGCCAGUCGGACAAUCUGUCAAAACUUAAACUGUCAUUCAUUUUAGUGAAACGGCUAGCGAAAUGUCUGAUUGUGCCGGUGAUAAUUCAAAACCACGAGUUCUGGUUUUAGGAGGGUGCGGUUUCAUCGGCCGGAACCUUGUAGAGUACUUGAUAUUCAAUGACCUGGUGAGCGGGCUACGCGUCGUGGACAAAACUCCACCACAACUGGCCUUCUUGAACCCAACACAUAGCAAGAUCUUUGAAGACCCCCGUAUAGAAUAUAAAAGCGCGAACCUAAUUAAUGCCACAUCAUGCGCCUCAGCCUUGGAUCCUGGAGACGGAGCCGUUUGGGGCCUGGUGGUGAACUGUGCUGGCGAGACCAGGGUGGGGCAGACGGAGGCAGUAUACUCCGAAGGCAUCUACACCCUGAGUGUGAAUGUAGCCCGGCAGUGCGCCAAGCUGAAGGUGGAUAGACUGGUCGAGAUCUCCAGCGGACAGAUGCAUAGUAGUGAUAAGCCACAAAAAGAAGACUGCGCCGUAGAGCCGUGGACCACGGAAGCCAAGAUGAAGAGUAAAGUAGAGAAGGAGUUGAAGAAUAUGAGUGGAGAGCUGAACUACACCAUCAUCAGGCCUGCCAUCGUGUACGGGAUCGGAGACCGGAGGAGUUUAAGUAAGUCUCUCUGCCCGUCCCUUUUUCCUUAUGGAGUGUUUUUAAAAAUAAUGAAGGAGAUUAAAAAUAGUGGAUCGAGCAAAUAAAUCGUUCUAUGCAAG